GAUAUUGAAUCAUUCCUAACGGGCAUAAAUAUAAUUUACGAGCCGCCUGCCUGUCUUGGCAGCGCCCCGCGCGUCUUCAGAGUCAACGGGCUUUGUAAGGUUCCGGCUAGCACUCAGACAUUUGAGCUGGAUGGAAAAGAAAUGACCGUUGCAGAGUACUACAAGUCUCGGCAGUAUAAUUUAAAGUUUCCGAACCUUCUCUGCUUGCAUGUUGGGCCGCCGUUGAAGCACAUUUACUUGCCUAUCGAACUAUGUCGCAUUGAGGAUGGGCAGACACUGAAUCGCAAGGAUGGAGCUAAUCAGGUGGCGGCCAUGAUUAAGUAUGCUGCCACUUCCACCAACGAGAGGAAGGCCAAGAUCAUCCGCUUGAUGGAAUAUUUCAGGCACAAUUUAGACCCGACCAUCAGCCACUUUGGCAUACGUCUGGGCAGUGACUUCAUCGUCGUGAAUACACGCACGCUCAAUGCGCCUCAGAUUGAGUACAAAAACAAUUUGGCCUCGGUGAGGAACGGUUCGUGGCGCAUGGAUGGCAUGCAAUUCCUUGAACCCAAGCCAAAGUCACAUAAAUGGGCCAUACUCUACGGCAAGAUUAACUACCUGUAUGUGGACGAGCUUCAGAAGAUGGUUCUUCAGAAGAGUCGCAAAGUCAAUCUGUGCCUGGAUGCCAAGGCCGAGAAACUGUACUACAAGGAUGAACUUCAUAAGUUCCAACAAUCCUACCCCGAGCACAUAAUCUAAUAUCGUUUUUUUUAUGUUAUUUUUUUUUUUAUUUUAUUUUAUUAGAAAUCAGCUUUACUUAAACUAUGAUCUAAUAUUAGUGAUAUUUACAUUGGCUUACUACAUAUUAUAAGAGUUUAAUGAUUAGGUUUAUAUAUACAUUUUAAUGAUGUGUUAUUC